CCCCUCCUUGACUCUCCCCACACACCCCCAGCUCACAUUUUCCUCCUUUCUCCCUUCCCCCUCUCGACACCGCUCGAUAUUUCUCCUUCUUCUUCGAUCGAGCUAGCAAUGGCGGACGCCAUGGAGUUGCUGCCAUGGGGCGCGCGGCUGGCCGGGCUGGGCUUCUUCUCCGCGUCCUUCUCCCUGCUGGCUCUCGCGCUGGUGCUCCUCGUGGCGCGCCGCUGGCCAUGGUGUAGCUGCCAUGUCUGCCGCGCGUACCUGACGGGCUCCUGGGCCAAGGACUUCACCAACCUCGGCGACUGGUACGCGCACUUGCUCCGGGCGUCGCCCACGGGCACCGUGCACGUCCAUGUCCUGGGAUGCACGGUCACGGCGAACCCGGGCAACGUGGAGUACAUGCUCCGGACGCGCUUCGACAACUUCCCGAAAGGGAAGCAGUUCGCGGCGCUCCUGGGCGACCUCCUCGGCGGCGGCAUCUUCAACGUCGACGGCGACGCCUGGCGCCACCAGCGCAAGAUGGCGAGCCUCGAGCUCGGCAGCGUCUCCGUGAGAUCCUACGCGUACAAGAUCGUGGCGCAGGAGGUGGAGACCAGGCUGUUGCCGGUCCUUGCCGAUGCCGCUGACAAGGGCAAGGUCGUGGACUUGCAGGACGUGUUCCGGCGGUUCGCGUUCGACACGAUCUGUAAGAUCUCGUUCGGGCUCGACCCCGGGUGUCUCGACCUUGACAUGCCCAUGUCCGACCUCGCGGAGUCCUUCGAUGCCGCGUCCAGGCUCUCUGCCAUGCGCGGCGCGGCCGCGUCGCCGCUCGUGUGGAAGCUCAAGCGGUUCCUGAAUGUUGGGUCCGAGAGGGAGCUCAGGAAGGCUAUCAGGCUCGUGGAUGAUCUCGCUGCGGCUAUGAUUUUGCAGAGGAGGAAGCUGGGGUUCGAGAACAGCCAUGACCUGCUGUCCCGGUUCAUGGCGUCCGCGGAUGCCGGCGCCGGCGCCAUGGACGACAAGUACCUCCGUGACAUCGUCGUCAGCUUCCUCCUCGCCGGGCGCGACACCGUGGCGUCCGCGCUCACCACGCUCUUCAUCCACCUCUCAUCCAACCCCGAGGUCGCCGCUGCCAUCCGCGCCGAGGCCGGCGCCGGAGACGAAGACGACAACAAGCCAAGCUCCUACGAGCACCUCAAGGGACUGCAGUACACGCACGCGGUGCUCUACGAGAACAUGCGGCUCUUCCCUCCGGUCCAGUUCGACUCCAAGUUCUGCGCGGCCGCCGACGUGCUGCCGGACGGCACCUACGUGGCGGCCGAGUCGCGGGUCAUGUACCACCCGUACGCCAUGGGCCGGAUGCCCAGCAUCUGGGGCGCCGACUGCGAGGCCUUCCGGCCGGCCCGCUGGCUCACGGGCCCAGGCGGCUCCUUCGCGCCGCCGAGCCUGUACAAGUACCCGGUGUUCCAGGCCGGGCUCCGGGUCUGCCUCGGCAAGGAGCUCGCCAUCACGGAGAUGAAAACCGUCUGCGUGGCUAUGGUGCGGUCGUUCGACGUCGAGGUCCUCGGGGAGAAUGGCCGCGCCGGAUGCAAGCCCAAGUUCGUGCCCGGGCUCACCGCCUCCAUCAGCGGCGGGCUCCCGGCGAGGAUCAAGCGCGCUCCGGCUCCGGCUCCGGCUUCAGACAGAUUUUAGACUAUCUUUCUGUAUCGACUAACUAGAAAUGCGGCAGCAAUGUACAUAAAGAAAGAGGAGAAAUCAGUAGGAAAUUUCAGUUUUUUCUGAUAAGAAAAUCAAGAAUUCCAUCUAUACUUUUUCACCGUGCUUUUAGUUUCCAAGUUUUGUGCGGAUUUGUGCUGAAAUUUCGUGUUGGCGCGAUAUGAACCCGCAAAUCAUGUUUAGGCAAUCGGAGAAGAUAGCAUGUUUAUUUCGUGAUCAA